UUUUUUUUUUUUUUUUUUUUUUUAAAAUCAAAAUCCGACUCAGUAAAACACAACAACCCUAUGAAAGAGAGCUUCAGCACUCGCCGGACUGUGCCUCAAGUUGACAGACUCAUGGCUACCAGGCAGUUGAGGGUUUUCAAGCGGUGGAUGAUCUCCCAAGGCAUCCGAUGGAGCAGCGACGCUCUCGAGUUCAUCCACACUCCCGAACAAGGCAUUUCCGUGAAAGCAUUGAGAGAUUUGAGGGAAGGAGAGGUGGUUGCCACAAUUCCAAAGUCCGCCUGUCUGACCAUCAAAAACAGUGGAGCGUGCGACAUUAUCGAAGCCGCCGGUUUGGGCGGUUGUUUGGGACUCUCUGUGGCGCUUAUGUAUGAAAAGAGCUUGGGGAACGACUCGCCCUGGGCUGCCUACUUUCAGCUCUUGCCGGACAGAGAGAGCUUGCCCUUGGUUUGGACUCUUGAUGAAGUCGAUCAACUUCUUUUCGGCACUGAGCUCCACAAGGUUGUGAAAGAAGACAAAGCCCUUAUAUAUGACGAUUGGAAAGAGAAUAUACUGCCUCUCGUGGAUACGGGACAUUUUGUUCCACAUUUCUUUGGUCCUGAGAACUAUUUUGCUGCAAGGAGUCUUAUUGCUUCUCGUUCUUUUGAGAUAGAUGACUAUUAUGGGUCUGGGAUGGUUCCUUUGGCAGACCUAUUUAAUCACAAGACUGGAGCAGAGGAUGUGCACUUCACCUCGGGGUCUUCUGAUUCUAAAUCUGAUGAUGAUGACAAAAGCAACACCAAUGGUUGUUAUACUGAAAAUACUGUUGAUAAGGAACCAUCAAGUGCACUGGGAUGCGAAUUAGACGAUCCCAGAUUGUUGGAAAUGAUAAUGGUGAAAGAUGUCAAGGCCGGAGCUGAGGUCUUUAAUACAUAUGGGUUAGUAGGUAAUGCUGCAUUGCUUCAUAGAUAUGGUUUCACAGAGCCAGAUAAUCCAUAUGACAUUGUCAAUAUUGAUUUGGAGUUGGUACUUAAAUGGAGUUCAUCACUGUUCUCUGGCCGUUAUAGCAGAGCAAGGCUGUCCCUUUGGAGAAAAUCAGGUUAUUCUGGAUGUGUUAGUCAGAAUGCUGAAUACUUUGAGAUCUCAUGUAAUGGAGAACCACAAAUUGAGUUGUUGAUUUUAUUGUAUAUAAUGUUGUUACAAGAGGACGAAUAUUGCAAAUUGGAUCUAGCUGUUUCAACUGCAAAUAACUAUAAGGAAUCCAUCAGCAUGAUUUUGUCAGAAAAAUGCAAUAUCACAUGGCUUAAAAGGUCAGAAGCUAAUAAAGGUUUCUUGCUGACAAAAAGUGUUUGUAGUGCUCUUCUGUGGCUUGCUGACAGAAGGGAGAGUUUUUACGGUUUAAGUUCAAUGAAGGAUGAUAUUGAAGCUGCAAAAACUUGUAGCAAGGAAGAAAGAAAGUUGUACCAUUCUCUGAUGUUACGUUUGAGUGAGAGGAGGAUUCUUGGGAAACUUAGAGCUUAUGCUGCUGUUGCUACUGAAUCAUUGAAAAAUCCAAAGAAAGCAUCCAAGAGAAAGAGAUUGAAGAGGACUUGAGGUUGAUUGCCAGGCUCUGUGUGAUAUCCUCAAUUAUGGGUGCUAUUUUACAGUCUGUGUGGAAAUGGGAGGCAUUCUGAUAUGACACUGGAGAAUAUGGUAGAAUGCCGGAAUCUAAUUUAAAGAGUGCUUCUACUUCUUCUACGCCUGUUCUACAUUUUCACCUUGUAGAGAUCGUGAUUCCUGUUUUGAAAGGGAAAUGAGAACUUCCAAGUUAGGAGAGGGUCUUUCUAGAAGAGAUAUCUGCGGGAGCUAGCUUUCGGGUUGCAUUAUUUUCAAAGAUGGAUUGUUAAAUAAUCAGGGAUUACAUCUUUUUCUGGCUCUCCUAUUUUGGUUGCUUGCGGCACCUUAGACUCCAGAGUCCAGACUGCGAGUGUCUUGCUCUUGCAUGUUUUAGCCACACUUACAAUAACGAGUGCAUACGGUCUCACUUGUAUGCAUGAUAUUCUUGAUUCUUGAAUGUUAGAAAUUCGAUGAAUGGCCUCCUUCAAGAUUAAAUGCAUAACACUUAAAUUUUAUAAGAAAAAUCUAGAGGUGCACUCAAUUUUUA